UGCCUAUGAUUGCAACGUUGCGCGUCUGGGGCAAUAGAGCGAGCUGACAGUGGUGACCGGGAUGGAUGGCCGAAGUUGCACAUUACGCCUUCUGCGGAACAGCAUUCUGCUCUCCUGCUUGUGGUCUCUAUCUUCUGGUACCGAGAUUAGUUUCGUGACGUGCGGAUCGGUGGUUAAACUGCUGAACGUCAAACACAACGUAAGACUGCAUUCCCAUGACGUACGGUAUGGUUCGGGUAGCGGGCAACAGUCAGUAACUGGAGUGACCGCCGUGGAAGACAGCAACAGUUACUGGAGCGUGCGGGGUGUAAGGGGUGCUGCGUGCUUGCGGGGAACCCCAGUACGAUGCGGACAAACUAUUCGUCUGACACACCUCAAUACUGGGCGCAACCUGCACAGCCACUACUUUGCAUCGCCACUGUCCUCGAAUCAGGAGGUGAGUGCUUUUGGGGAGAAUGGAGAGGGAGACUCCCUGGAUGAGUGGACGGUGCUGUGCGGCGGCUCACUGUGGCGGAGAGAAGAGUCAGUACUCUUCAGGCACACCACCACAGAGGCUCUGCUGUCUGUCACAGGCGAGCAGUACGGGCGACCCAUCCACGGGCAACGGGAGGUUCACGCCAUGUCUGCUGCCAGCCAGCACAGCUACUGGAAGGUCAUGGAGGGCAUUUUCAUGAAGCCCAGUGAUAUGCCCGGACCUAGGAAUGGCAAUGGCCCAGUCCAUACUGAAUUUUAACUGCCAACCCCCUCCCACUGCGCUCUCAAUCGCGGGUGGCAAAGAGGGGUGUGUACAAGUGGCAGGCCGAAACACUACACCUUAAAGACCUAGUAUCAGUUUAUGGUCCAGUCCUAGUGCCUUGGUCACCUUAUCAAGGCAGGUGGCCAUAGGUUUACCCAGCCCAGGUUAACCAGGUUUAACCAUUUGUUUCGUGUACUGUAAGUGUAGAAGGCAUCAUGGGAUUUGCAAUUGGGUUUGGCCCCCUUGGUAUUAGUAGAGCUUUGGAAAGUUCUAGAUCUGAAGUCCAAUCCCACUUUGCCUCUGGUUUGCCUCUGUCAUGGAACUCCUGGAAUCCUGGAUGAGAAGCAGACUCUGCUUUCUAAUGCCUUUUUGCCCCAUAGAAUUGUGGCAGAAACACCUCAGAGAGCUAUAUUCGCAACUGUUAUGAAUUUAGGCAGUGGUUUUCACAAAGUUCUUUUAUUUUUGUGAUGUCCCUCUUAGUAUUUUCAUGGAUUUGCCAUUGAAAUGAUUUAUAAAACAUAUUUAAUAAUCCAUGAGAUUGGAAAUUUGAUGCACAUUUGUUCUUCGGUUUACAUUCAUUUGUAAAACUAAAUAUGCUAUAUUUUUCUGAGAAGUGGCUUUAAUACAGAUCCAUUGUGGACUGUUUUUAGGUCCCUGGACAGGAUCCAAAGGCCAUUUUUCUAUGUGUCAAAGGGUUGAAUAAGCAAAAUACACCAUUUGUUUAUGAUUGUAUUUGGUAUUUCUGGUGCACAGUUUUCGAUGUUUUGGAAAAUCUCCCAAUUACCUAUCCAUGGAGGUUGGUUGUUUAAUCAACAGGGGGUUAGAGUCUUGUUUACAGUGCUGCUUCAUUAAUGUUAAAAGAAGCACAACAUUAAGACCAGUUCACUAUGACCUUUACACAACACACAGUAUUAUUGUAAAAGCCAGGAAAAACUACAUGUUUCUCUGCAUAGUGGCCCAAUUCAAUCCAGCCGUUUCAGACAAUCACACCCAAAAGCAGAUCCCUUCUCCUUCAUUCGGCCUGGCGGUUGCAUUGAUUUGGGUCCCUGGCUUUGAUGGGAAGUUGAUGUAGCCUUCAGCUUGGUCUGCAUGCGAAGCAGAAAAUGUAAAUAAUACCUCAGAAAAAUGUUUUUUAGCCUUUAUUAAAUGUUUUGACUCUGAAACAGCCCCAUUUUUUUUUUUUUUUUUUUAGAAAAUGGAAGACAGAAAAUUUCGAGUCACAUAUGUGUGAGCCUUUAUGAAUUACUGAAUGUAAUCAUCAGUUAGUUCAGUUGAUAGGAAUCCCCAAAGCAAUUACAAGGACUUGAUGUAAUUUAACCUUUACCAAUGGCGUAGAUUUGGGUAUGGAUGGUAGGGACGUGUCCCUGUCAAUAUUGUGGGAGAAUCGUGUAUGUUUAUGAUAGCGGGAGGUACGGAGUUGAUUUGCUCUAUACCGAUGUUGAAACCAAAAAAACGCCCUUGAUCUUUACAAACCUAUUUCCUUUGUCAUUGCGUGCUUCAUCAGCUUGGUUUAAUAUAUAGAAAUACUAAUCUAAGAUGUUGGUCGUAUACCAUCAAGGACUUUUGGAAUUUUAAAUUCAAGGAUCAUGCUCGGUUCUGGGAAUUCUAGCGUAAGGGAUAACGGUGCGGUUCAAGGCAAUUCAUAAACAGUGUUUCAGCGCCCCCUUGUGGAAGCAAUCUAUAUUCAAAUUAGGCCUAAAGUGUAUACAGUAUUCCCAUUCCCAAACAGUUAACAUAAAAUUUAUCUGCAUUACAAAUUGGUCACAGAUAAAUUAGAGCAUUUAAACGGGAUUGAAAAGGAAUUAAAGUAAAAGGGUCGGGGCAGGAUAUAGCUGAUAACCUGCCUAAGCAAAGUAAAAAAACGCGAACUAAUUGUGUAGUGAGCAAUCUAAGCGGUGACGUAACUGGAAGAGUAAUAUGCAGGGGAAAAUAAAACAGCAUUUUUUACGGUAGUCAUUUUCACAUAGAAUUGAUGUGUUGGUUCGCGUGCACUGUAGUAGCAAAGUGACGCCACUGAUCCUCGAACUCAAACUGCUUUGCAGUUAAAGGGGUGAUAUUUUUAUGUUGCGGUUCGCCGGUCUGCGUUUGAAGUCCCCAUAAACGGGGAAUUUCAUUCUAAGUGAGCCAGCGCCAAAGUGAGUCCUCCGGGAAGGAGGUGAGAUGUGACAGCACAUCGCAUAUUUCAGUAAGACUCACAAAGCUCUGACAGCAUCGAGUAAACUGUAAUCUCUGCGGUAAUGGGCACGAACUUUUAAAGUUAUUCGGUCAAAUUUCACUGGGGAAUCUUUUCUCGGACCUUUUUCUAGGGUAAUUAAUUACUGCAGUAAAUGAUCCCGUUAAAUCAUCCGUCCGUCUCAAGUCUCAUUUUCUGGCCAGGGUCGCCAAUCCAGUUAUAACAAAAAUUACUUUUGAUCAACUAAGCAAACAAUUCUUUUGCCCUAAUGAGCGAUUUAACAAGGUAAAGUACACUGACAUUUAAAAACUUUUAUUGCAUAAAUGUUUUCCAUUUACGUUUGAACAGGUUUACAUAUUUACAGCUACAUCACUCAGGCAUUGAUAUAUUACCGAUGUUCUAUUACUUUAAUCAGCAUGCUAAGUUUACAUGUAUUUACAGGUAUAUACUAUGUACACAUGAACAGAAGAAGGACCGUGUACGUUUAUGUACGUAUGUCAUUAAACCACCAUCCUGUUUAAAUUUCUGUCACGUUUCUUGCAAAACUAUUAAGCUGACCCAGACGACUUGUAAUUAAAUAGCUAGGAAAUUAAUUGGUAGAACGUAUCAAUAGAUACAAAAGGUGACAAAGUUACCUCCGUACGUUAGACCAUUCAGUCUACCAGUGCUACCAUUGUUUUGGUUUAAAUAAAUAAAUAAUAAAACAAAACUGAACUA